CUCCAAGUUUAUUAUACAAAAAUGUAACUUACGUUAGUUAUUUCCGAAACGAUAUGGAAGUGACUUCAACAAAACAAUUUCCUAAAAAUAUAAAACCAAAUUGCCAGUGGAAAUACUCGUUGAUAUCAAUAUGAGAUGUUCGAUUAUCUGGAUAUUUAUUUUUUGUCAAUUAUCUGUUGCCAAACAAUGUCUUCAUGAUAAAGAACAAAUCUCCAAACGUUACUUCUACUCUGGCGACACAAUUCUUCCAAUAUAUAUAGAAGCAAGUAAACGACCCACACACAAAUUAGUGUCUAACAUUUUAAAGAUACUUUUGCAAGAGAAACUCGGAUACCAUGACACCAUUUUAUUGUUACAAGAUGAAGCCGUUGCAUGCACUGCUACUUUGCAACGUAUAACGGGAUGCUUUUCUCCAGAAAAAUGCAAAAAAGUAGAAAAUUUCGAUUCAACUGCUAGGCCUAUGAUAAAUCUAGAAGUAUGGAUUGGUCCUGGAUUUAAUUUGGAUAAAUGGAGUGAUUUAACAGAAAUCGAAGAUUGUGGUCCUUUAGGUCCCAUUGGAAGAUCUGAUUGGUAUAUUUCUGAAAAAUACGUCAAAGAUAAAUGGAAUGUUAACGAAACAAUACUAGAUCAUUGGAGAAGUUAUCAAGACAGUGGCAUUGUGACUCCUUUCAAUCUUUUGAAUGAACCUGAAUUUUCAACCUGGGUAUUUGAUAAAGAAAGUAACAGUUAUUAUUGUUCAUAUACAAAAUGCGAAAAUGGUGUUUUUUCACCUCCACUGUGCCAAAAUUCCAAUGUGACGUGUGCAACUCUCCUGGCUGAUUACCCUGUUUCCUCUUAUCGAGUUCUGAAAGAUCAGAUUAUUCAGUUAAAAUUGCUUGUCAAUGUCGCUUGGGUAGGACCACAUUUAGAAAAUAUUGUUAGGAAUCGAUUCCAUAAAAAUGAACCGACAUUGUUUUUUUAUUGGAAACCGAGUGCACUCAUAUCAUCGAAAAAUUUCACUCAUAUUUCUUUUCCUUCGUGUAGAGACAAUAUUUACCGUUCAUCUCUUCCAUGCGAGUUUGAAAUCAGUCAACUUGAAAAGGUAAUAUGGAAGAAAUUGAAAAGUAAUGCUCCUCUUGUAUACCAGUUGGUGAAUUCUAUGAAUUAUCAUCAGACAGAAUAUAUUCAACUGUUGAAGUAUACAUCCACUGACAAAACAAUAGAGGAAGCCGCUUGCAUUUGGAUUAAGGAAAAUGAUUAUAUAUGGAGUAAAUGGUUACCAGAUGAUAUUCCAGAUAAGACAGUUCUCUACAUAGGUGGAAUUUUCCCUGUUACAGGUCCCUAUAAAGAACUUACUGGUGUCAUACCAGCUGCCGAAUUGGCUGUAGAUGCAGUUAACAAGAAUAAUAGUAUUUUGAAGAAUUAUAAAUUAGAAUUAUUGAUUCAGGACGGACGUUGCAUGGCAGAUGUUGUUAUGAAAACUUUUAUAAGUUAUGUGACAAAUUCUAGUUUCAAUCGAUUAAUCGGAAUUUUGGGGUCAGCAUGUUCGGAUACUGUGGAACCCAUUGCAGGUGUUGCCAAGCAUUUUAAUUCUAUUAUUAUAAGUUACAGCGCGGAAGGAGCAUUAUUCAAUAAUCGUGAAAAAUAUCCUUUCUUUUUAAGAACUACACCAGAAAAUAACCAAUUAAGGUUUGUAUUUUUAAAGCUUUUUCUUCAUUUUGGGUGGCAUCGAAUAGCUGCUUUAACAGAAGAUGGUCAAAACUAUCCAGAAUAUUUAUCGCUACUUCACGAUCUUUUACAAUCGCAAGGAUUAAAUUUUAUUAGUAAUAGAAAAUUUCCACGAAAUCGUUCGUCGAAUAACAUGUCUCAGUAUCUUCUUGAUCUCAAAAAUAAAAAAGCUCGCAUCAUAAUUGGCGUUUUCUACGAUUCCACUGCAAGAGCUAUCAUGUGUGAAGCUUAUAAACAGGUAAUAUACGAGUAUAUUCUAUCUUUACUGAUAAACGUGUCUGUUAUCUGAAGUUAACGAUAUUCACGAAGUUCGAUAUAUCAAAGAU